GCGCCGAUACGGUCGAAGGUGUUCUCAAGCUACAACGUGAUAUGAUCAACGUCCUCGGUAAAUCCAACUUGGAGUUGAAAAAGUGGUCUAGUAACUAUCCUGCGGUCCUCGAUAGUAUACCCGCCUCUGCCCGUGUAACGGGUCCGUUACCGUUUGAUGCUGUGGAUGGGGGUGGCGUUAAGGUUCUCGGCCUGCAAUGGCAGCCGACCGAUGACGUUUUUGGGUGCGCCAUCCGUUGCGACUCACCACCCGUAUUCACCAAACGCGGCGUUUUAUCGUUAAUCGCGCGCAUUUUCGAUCCGCUGGGCAUAUUCUCGCCGGCCACCUUCUACGCGAAGCACAUAAUGCAACGAACGUGGUCCUGCAAUCUUGGAUGGGACGACCCUCUUCCGAAGGAUCUUCAUCAAGAAUUUUCCACUUUCGUCGAAUCAUUGGCCUGCCUCCGUCAGAUUAACAUUCCUCGACACUUCAGCACGCAGUCCGCCGACCGUUGUCUAUUGUUGGGAUUCUGUGAUGCGUCACAGAAUGGAUGCGCCGCUGUCGUAUACCUCCGUGUGUUGGAUGAUCGGGAGGACGCUUCGAUCUCGCUGGUUGGCGCGAAAACCAAGCUAGCACCGAUAAAGUCGUUGACCAUCCCGCGGCUCGAAUUGAACGCCGCUGAGCUAUUGGCGCGCUGGUUAUACCGCGUCAAGUGUAUUCUCGAUUCUCAGGUCAACAUCGUCGGUGUACAUGCAUGGACGGACUCAACGAUUGUCCUGUCCUGGUUGGUCAAUCGUCACGAGUCGUUUAAAAUAUACGUGUCAAAUCGGGUUCACAGAAUUAACACGCUACUACCGAGUUGCGUGUGGGCACACAUCCCAUCCGGGGACAAUCCCGCCGAUUGUGCUUCUCGCGGUGUGUUACCGUCCGAGCUUCCAGCAUUACAACUCUAUUGGCAGGGUCCUGAGUUUCUACGGCGUUGUCCGUCAUCGUGGCCGGUCGGAGCUGCCAUGCUGCCGCUGAGCGACUUGCCUGAAUUGCGCGUUCUAUCCGUGACCGUCAACGUUCAACCUCCCGUUGUUGAAUGGUUCGACGGAUUUUCGUCUUACGACAAAUUGAUUCGAGUUGUGGCACUUGUGUAUCGAUUUAUAGAUCGCUGCCGCCGUCGCGUAUGGGUUACGCGACGGGCGGCCCUCAACCGUUAUGAACUCGACGCGGCGCUUGAGGCGCUGGUGAUCGAGUCCCAGCGUAAGUUUUUUGUACAAUUACGGCACGAGUUAUCUCACCACUCCCGUGUGACAGCCAAACCGCUCGCGCGUUUGUGCCCGUUCAUUGACCCCUCCGGCGUCAUUCGAGUGGGGGGGCGAUUGCGUCACUCGAUGUUGCCAUAUGACCGUCAGCACCCAAUACUACUAGCAAAACAUUCACGCUUGGCCUUGUUGGUGUGUCGUCAUUGGCAUCGCAUUAGCUGUCAUGCCGGACCUCGAGUCGUGACCGCCAUCGUGUCCCAACAAUUUUGGAUCAUGUCUGUGAGAUCAGUGCUACAUCAAGUCAGCAGUGAGUGUACCAUCUGCGUCCGAUUUGACCAUCAACCACCUCAACCGUUGAUGGCUGAUCUGCCACCAGGCCGUGUUCAACAGUGUUGGCCGUUCGCGCGAGUGGGUAUUGAUUUCGCUGGUCCAUUGCAGUUACAAGAGACCCGCCUUCGCAAAGCACGGUCGUUUAAGGUGUAUGUGGCUGUCUUU